AUGUCAUCACGUUUAUACCGCCCAUUCCGGACUCUCUUCGGGUCCUCGAGGAUAGCAUCGCGGUUGCAGAGUGGCCAGACAGUCCGCAUCGAACGGGUCAAGAUAAGAAAGGGCAAGUCAGCCACUCGUUUCAUAGGCACUGUGUUCAAAGGGGCGUUGAUAUUCCAGCUCCUCCUAUGGGCGAUUCCGCCCGCGCCCGCUCCGCAAGACGGCGACGGCGACCGCCAAUUAGUCGAGGGCAAGGCUAGCUUGCCGGCUUGGUUCAUUGCAUUUCCUUUUACGACCAAGCGCCAACCCCCGCAACCUUACUCUGGGAGCGACCCUGAGUGGCAGGAGUUCAUCAGGAUAGCUAACAAUCCAAAGGAGAGGAGAGCGAUUCGAAGUCGCCUGGCCCGCAUCGUCCUCGAUUCCGCAAUGAGACACCCCGCGUUUGUCGCCAGGUUGGGGAAGGAUAUCAAGAUCCAGCAGUACUGGCUGGACAUCGAUUACCCCACCAGGGCACCGCCUGUUUAUGAGCGCUCCGGACUAUUAAUAACUGACGAUGCCAUAGCAUGGGCUACUACUACCUGCGAUUCAUGGACAGUGAACGUGCUCAAUCACUUCCUAUGGCCCAAACCUCUUGCCCUGGGCUUUUGGGCUUUCGGGACCGUGGCAGCCAAGCAAACCGCCCACGAAAUUGCAAAAUACUUUGGUUUUGCUUCGGAUGAAUUCGGCAGUUCUCAAGAUACUUCUCAGCCCAAGCCGAGCGUCCCAGCAUCCACUCCCUCGCCUCCUCCUCUGCCGUCGUCGCCUGGCCCUCAGAUCCAGAAAGAACUCCAGCGGAUGCGGCAAGAGGCUACCAGGCGACCAGAACAGGUUAAGGACCCAGGCUCCCUGUCCUCGUCGGCCGGUGCGACGCCGGCCGAUCCUUCGACUUCUCGUGAUAAGGCCAUUAGCGCGGCGGACAAGCCAGCCCCCGAUCAGGGCAACCAGCAGACGCCCGAGCAGAAAUCCUCGGUCGAGGAUUUGAUGCGCUCCUUUUCCAACUCCGAGCCGUGGAAGAAACUCAAGGAAACGUUCGAGCGGACAAACCGGCCCCCAAGGCCCGACCCUCCACGAGGCAGUAUUCUCGUCUCGGGCAUGGUUCAGCUUGAGACGCCCAGGGCGGUCGUCGUCUUUGACGUACUUGCAUGGUAUGAUCCGAAAACCAAGUCGUACGCCCCCGGUACGGUGCGCAUUACCACGCGGAGGUGGCAACCCAAGCAGCAGCUGCCCCUCGUGAAGUAA